UAUUUGAUUUAAAUGGCUGUGAGAUAAUUGUUAUUUGAAAUAUAUAUUUUGCAAUUUUGUUUUUUAAGAAUUUCAUUGAUCAACAUAGGGGGUAGAAAUCAGAUAUUUUCAAUGUAUCUACAUAGAAGUUCUUCGUUGAUUUUAUCUAAGAUCAUUGACAAUUUUUUAUUUAUAAAUAUUGAUAAGUCACAGAUGAACUUCUAAGUAAAUAAAUAUAUAACUAAAAUUAUUAACAUAGAUAUUCUCUUUAAAGAAUUCAUGCUUAAAUGUUUUAAAUUGAAUCAUUAUAAGUUUUUGAAUAGAUGCUUUUUUUGUUUGUUUGUUAUAGCCACCCUUUAUUUGAACAAAAAUUGUCUAUCGUUUGCAUUUUGUUUCGUUACUAAUCAACGUAGAAUUUAAACUAACAAUACCAUCAUUCAUAAAUCAAUAUCAUUUAAAAAUUAUUCUCUGAUUUUUGGGUAUCAAGUAUCAUAAGCAUGUUAGCUCGUUCGAAUAUACAUAAACAUUUACAAAUUUCAUUAAUGAAGAGGAUUAAUACCUUAAUGACAGGUAAUAUAAGAGCAAUGGAAAACUCAGAAUCGAAGAAGGAAGAAUCAGCACGAAUGAAACAAUUUCAUGAGAAACUGAAAUUACAGCCAAUGCCACGUGUAUCACCACGUGAACGUUUCAUUGAUUUGGUAUUGGUCGAUACCGAUCCUAAAACUGGAGAAUUAAUUACAAAUAGUGAAAAGGAACCAACCAAAUGGGGUGAUUGGCAAAUCGGUGGAAGGGUGAGCGACUUUUGAGCAAAAAAUACUUUUAUAUCCCUCUUUCAUUUAAAGAUAUAAAUGUAUAUCCAAAGUACAAGAAAAAAUAACAAU